AGCCAUUACUGGCUUCAAGUUUUGAUAAACGUUUGGGUUGAUAGCUUGUGCAAGUGCUGAAGGCUAGCGCUUGCACCCAAGUGCCAUGGGCAAGUUCCGGCUACUUGACCUCGUGAAGCCCUGCAUGUGCGUCUUGCCAGAGGUCAGCACGCCAGACCGAAGGAUCCCCUUCCGUGAGAAGAUCUUGUGGACGGGCAUCUCCCUGUUCGUGUUCCUGGUGUGCUGCCAGAUACCGCUGUACGGGAUCUCCGCGAACAAGUCCACUGAUCCUUUCUACUGGAUGCGGGUCAUCCUCGCUUCCAACCGCGGCACUUUGAUGGAGCUGGGCAUUUCUCCCAUCGUGACCUCAGGCAUGGUCAUGCAGCUCCUGGCCGGAUCCAAGCUUCUGGAAGUCGACCAGUCAGUGAAGGAGGACAGGGCUCUCUUCCAGGGUGCGCAGAAGCUCUUUGGCAUGGUCAUCACUUUGGGUGAAGCCAUGGCCUACGUGCUCAGUGGCAUGUAUGGGCCCGUCAAGGAUCUGGGAGCUGGCAAUGCGAUCCUCAUCAUCCUGCAGCUCUUUUGUGCGGGAGUGAUUGUUUUGAUCCUGGACGAGUUGCUUCAGAAGGGCUACGGCCUUGGAUCAGGCAUCUCGCUCUUCAUUGCGACCAACAUCUGUGAGACCAUUUGCUGGAAGGCCUUCAGCCCGACCACCAUGAACACAGGCAGAGGCCCUGAGUUUGAGGGCGCUGUGAUCGCGCUCUUCCACCUGCUGAUCUCCAGGAGCGACAAGUUCACGGCCCUGAAAGAGGCCUUCUACCGGCAGUCUGCGCCCAACAUCACCUCGCUCUUUGCCACGGUUCUUGUGUUUUUCUUCGUCAUUUACUUCCAAGGUUUCCGUGUGGACUUGCCUGUCAAGAACCAGAGGGUUCGCGGUCAAACGGGCUCCUACCCGAUCAAACUCUUCUACACCUCGAACAUCCCCAUCAUUCUGCAGACGGCGCUGGUCUCCAACCUCUACUUCUUCUCCCAGCUCCUCUACAAGCGCUUCAAGGCGAACAUGAUCGUCAACAUGAUUGGACAGUGGCAGGAGACGGAGAUCUCUGGCCAGUCCAUCCCUGUGGGCGGAUUGGUGUAUUACAUUUCUCCGCCGCACUCCUUCGGGGAAGUUUGGAAUGAUCCCAUUCAUGCCCUUUUCUAUGUAGUCUUCAUCCUAGUUUCCUGUGCUCUCUUCUCCAAGGCCUGGAUCGACGUCUCGGGCUCCUCGGCCCGGGACGUGGCGCGCCAGCUGCGGGAGCAGCAGCUGAUGAUGCCAGGCUACAGAGAGUCUGACCUGCCGAAGGCCUUGAACCGCUACAUCCCCACGGCCGCGGCCUUCGGCGGCGCCUGCAUCGGCGCCUUGACCAUUGUGGCGGACUUCCUGGGGGCCAUUGGAAGCGGAACUGGGAUCCUGCUGGCGCCAGCCUGAAAGACGGUCGGGGCAAGUCGCGGCAUCGAUGGGAGCCGAAUGUGGGACACUUCACGAACAUGUCCCCAACAUGGGGACAUGUUCGAUCCAACAAGAACCAUUCUCUGGGACACAGAAAAUGGGUGCUUGUUGGACAUGUGUUUUUCCGCGCCUCCCGGGAAGAAGUGCACCUGCCAGAUGCGGAAAACGACCGGCCCACUUUGGAAAACAGCCUUAGGACGUAGUGAGCGUCCUGAGCUUGAGCACCAGAGCGGCACCGGAGCCAUCGAUUCCCGAUUUCUGCAGAGCGGUUUGUUUUUUUUGGGGUGCAUGAGAGGU